CGGGGGGGGCUGAGGGGAGGGGGGGGAGGCGCAGCAUGAGCGGGCGCCCCCCCGCGGCCGCCGGCGCAGCGCCCCCGCGCCAUGGAGGGAUUCCCCGCCCGCGGGUACGGCACCGGCGGCGCGGACAACCGGCCGCUCUUCGGGGAGACCUCGGCCAGGGUGCAAAAAGGUUGUGUCCUCCCAGUCAGUCGUUUUACACGGAUGAGGAGCAGCAGAAAGAAGUGUGGGGGGAUAUCUGUCUGUCCAAGCAGAGCCACUGUGUGGACAGAAUCAUCAAUCUAGUCGUUGGUGGCUUAACAACCUUGCUGCUUGUAGUCACUCUAAUCAGUGCUUUUGUCUUCCCGCAACUACCUCCAAAACCUGUGAAUGUAUUUUUUGCUUUCUGCAUCUCCUUGUGUUGCAUUUCUGCUGGCAUUCUUAUCUACUGGUAUCGACAAGGAGACCUGGAACCCAAAUUUAGAAAUCUAAUUUACUACAUAUUGUUUUCUAUUGUCAUGUUAUGUAUAUGUGCCAACCUGUACUUCCAUGAAGUGGGUAAAUGAAGGACAUUGGGAAUACCCAGCAAUGAUGCUACUGUGUCAGACUGCUUCCAGCUCAGCUCUCAGCUCUACUCGAGACAUUUAAGUGAGAACAAUCAGCCUGAGAGGAGAGGAGUGGGUUGUGCAAGGAUAAAUCAGUACAUGAUUUUCAUGUAAAUGUAUAUGUAAUGUCCCUCUUGUUGGGGAGAAUUAUUGCCAAAAGACGUGACAUUCUGCUUUUUUUUGAAGAGCUACUGUUGCGCUUAAUGAACAUUCCAGUUGUACUGAUGUUUCAGAAUGGCACAAGCUUUUUCGUUUUGGAAAAAACUGCACUUUUUUUAUUACUGUACAAAUAAACUGCAGCAUUGAAAGGAUCUGUGGCAGUAUAAAUAAAUAGCAUGUUACAGUGAAGUAAGACAAAUACUCUUUAUUUUAUUGAAACUGAAUAUACAAUUAUUUCUGUUCCCUAGGUAACCAUUUAAAACUACAACUUAUUUUUCACAUUAACAAAACCACAGACUGAAAAAGACCAACUCUUGAUUAUGAAGAGCUAAUUACAGAAAUAAAUAAAAUAAUUUAUACAAGUC